GACAUAUCAGUUUAUGGUACAACUUAAAGUAGCAGGACGCAAAAAGAUAGGAUCUGCAGGGUAUCUCUGAGAGACAAGACAUUAUGGAAACAGAGGAGCAGUCGAGGAACCGAUUCCAGAUAGAAUUGGAGUUUGUUCAGUGCCUGGCAAAUCCAAAUUACCUCAACUUUUUGGCUCAAAGAGGAUUCCUGCGGGAAAAGCCUUUUGUGAAUUAUUUAAAAUAUUUGCUUUACUGGAAAGAACCUGAAUAUGCCAAAUUCUUGAAGUAUCCUCAUUGCCUGCACAUGCUGGAGCUGCUGCAGUAUGAGCACUUCCGUAAGGAACUGGUGAAUGGUCAGUGUGCCAAAUUUAUCGAUGAGCAGCAGGUAUUACACUGGCAGCAUUAUUCACGCAAACGCAUGCGCCUUCAGCAGGCGCUGGCCGAACAACAGCAACUACAACAGCAACAACCCUCCACCCACAGCAAUGCUGCCUCCAAAUGAGUGAGGGAGUGACCAUGCCCUCCGUCUUUCACCCCUUCUGCUCCCUUCCUCCACUGUUAAAUACAUCACCUUUCAAAAACAUUAUUCCAUGUGGUAGUACUUCACAAAGAGUCACUCACUGACAAUGGUGUUGACAAACAAUCCGUAGGCGCAUCACCAGCUUGUGCACUGUUCAGGAGAAUUCUGUUCUCUGAGAGUCAGUGUCUUGAAUGAGUACAUGCACAGUAAUUCCAAAGGUGAUGAAACAUACAGAACACACCUGAGCUUUUGAACUGAAAGCUGUAUUUGACAUCUGUGAAGCUGAAGAAAAUGAAAGCAUUCAAGAGGAUGUGGAGGCAUGUCGGGACCUGUUGCUGAACCAUUAAUGAGUACAGAUGUUUUUCUUCUCUUUGAUGGUUAAGAGAACAGACAUGGUCAGUUGUCUUUGAGUGGACUGUCUGCAAUAAUGGAAAAAUAACUUUUUCCCUU